AUGGAAAUCAUUUAUAAGAAACUGUCUUCUAUUGAAGAAGCAAUGAAAUUGGGAUUAAAUGCCGAAUGCAACUUCAAGUCGGCACGACUCGGUAAGAAUGUAUAUCCUCAUUGCUCAUCGAGCGAGCAUACACCAAUGGAUCUCAGCUAUGCUGAGAAAGAGUGCACAGAGCUCCAAGCUGCCGGUCAUCGUUUAGCUGUACGUAAUCCAAAAGGCACUGCUCAUGUUUUGAAGCAGUCGCUGCAUGCCACGAAUGGCACUGUCGAACGAGGUCCAAGGCAUCUUGGGCAAGACCUUUCAGAUGCGCGUGGAGUGGCACGUUACCCGCUGGACAAAGAUCACAGAGCUAGCAGCACUUCGUCGGAUGUUGUCAAUAUCAUUAAGGCUCCGGUGGAGCAAGUGGAGCUAACACUGAACGACGGUAAUGUCGUAUAUUAUCUGCAAGACGCAGAGCGUCGACCCUGA